CGGGUGAAGGUGGAGACAUGCUUUCAACACAUUUUAGCUCUUUUCUGUCUGCAAAAAUCCAGCGGUUAUGCCUCUAAUAGUGAUGUGUGGAUACCCAUGUUGUGGUAAAACACGACGGGCAGAGGAGCUGAAGGAUUAUUUUGAGAAAAACACGGAGCGGAAGGUUUAUGUGGUGGGAGACGGAGCCCUGGACGUGGACAAAAACAGUGUUUAUGCAGGCAAGUUAAACUAGCUUUAGCUUUAGUCAUAAAGACGCUUAUCAUUGAGGCGUUUCGGCUUUAAAUAAGAGAAUAUCCCGAGGUUUGGUCGAAAAUGUGUCAAAUCCUGCAUAUGUCAUGGUAUUUGAACGCCGAACUAACCUGACACUCCUUCAUUAACCAGAAUGUUUUCCUUUACUUAUUGUUCUGAGUGAACCAACAGCAGUAGUAUGUGAAGUGAUAUUGACUCUGGGCAUAUCCAGUGUGAAGUAAUUCAAUAUUUUUUGCUAAAUGUUUUGUCAUCUUUGCACUUUUUAAAUGGUCCAUGCGCACUCAAUUUAUACUUAGGCAAUAACAACGCCUCAAUUGCUAUUUCAAUUAAAAAUGUGGAUUUAACACAGUCCUUUGACAAAAGAAACAGUCUAAUCAAAAUUCUAUUUUACAAAAUGUAUUACGUAUUGGCACUGAAUAAGCUGCAUUAAAGUAGAAAUUGUCAUACCUGCAAAACAAAACUUAGUAUCUUGUAUAAAUUAAGAAAAAUGAUUUAUGAAAAUUAUCUUUAGACUGAUGCAUGUUUUUCUGUCUAACCUUGUUGAAUUUUGUUGCAGAUUCCCAAAAGGAAAAAAAUGUACGAGCAGCUCUUAAAGCUGAGGUGGAGAGGUAGGUUAGAUCUGUACGUGUGAAAGAUUAAUCAGACAUUCUGCAGUUACAGCUUUUCUAACCAUCAUCUGUAUGUUUUUUCAGGAAAGUCAACAAAGAUGAUGUCGUGAUCUUGGACUCAUUAAAUUACAUUAAAGGUAAGUCUUAAUGACAGCAGUGUGUUUUGCAGAAGGUAUGAUUUGUAGACGUUUUCAUGUUCAAGUUCAAAUGCUUUACAGGCUACCGGUAUGAACUGUUCUGUCUCAUCAAACACACACAGACGCCUCACUGCCUGGUAAGUACCUCAGAGGAGUGACCAUAUUUUAGAUCAUACAUAAACAGAAUAAUAUGGCAUAAAUCAAGAGUCAAAAUAACUUGGUGUCGUUUUAUAAAGGUCUACUGUUUGACAUCAGGUGAAGUGAGCUCAGCAUGGAAUUCAGAAAGAGAUACUGCUGAGCAGUACACCCAGGACAUGUGAGUAAGAAGCCUUUACAUACACACUAAAAGAACAUGUUUAUUCUCAUUGUGCAACUUUCUUUACCUUAGUAAAAUAUUGAGUAGUGAAAAAAAGAACAUCGUCAAGGUUUUGAUAAUUUGUCUUUAAGGGAUAUUCCGGCGUAAAAUUAAUUUAGGGUCAAACACACCGUAACACCGAGUUAGACAGCCCCUCGAGAGAUGAAUGUUGUCAAACACUUGUUUCUCUAGUUUUACCAACUUUAGUAACGACUGCAGGAUAGCAAUACACAGCGGUCUGAAGAGACAUAAACAAUCCUCAACCAAAAUGCCACUCUAUAACCACAAAUAACGCUCAGAACAGCACCUAACUUCAUCAACAGUACAUAUAGGGUCCCAGCCACAGCACCAGCCACCAAACAUCUUUUUAACUUUGACUAAUUUCUUUAGCAAAGAGACUAAACACAACUCACCCACUCUCUUCCAGCAGCCGCUUGUUUGUAGCAAGACCCCAGGCCAGUCCAUUACGGACUGCUGCGGGGUGACGCAGCUCAAGGAAGAACAUUUAUGAUCAUUUUUUUAUAAUUUCCUUGAAGUAAUAAUUAUAUUAUUCAUUCUGCACUGCAGACGUGGUAGUUCUUCUGCCUUAGCGUCUCGGUCUGAUUGCAUUUCCAUGAAGAAAUUAUCAUAAAUGUUCUUCCUUGCACUGUGUCACCCCGCAGCAGUCCACAAUGGACUGGCCUGAGGUCUCACUACAAACCAGCGGCUGCUAGAAGAGAGUAGGUGAGUUGUGUUUAGGCUCUUUGCUAAAGAAAUUAGGCAAAGUUAAAAAGAUGUUUGGUGCCUAGUGCUGUGGCUGGGACCCUAUAUGUACUGUUGAUGAAGUUAGGUGCUGUUCUCAGCUUUAUUUGUGGCUAUAGAGUGGCGUUUUAGUUGAGCACAUGGCUCUCUGUAUUGCUAUCGUGCAGUCGUUACUAAAGUUAGUAUAACUAGAGAAGCAAGCGGUCGGCAACAUUCAUCUCUCGAGUGGCUGUCGGUGUGUUUGACCCUAAAUUAAUUUUACACCGGAAUAUUCCUUUAACAGGUGUUUUUUUUUUUUUGUUUUCUUUUUUGUAGAUUUGACGCUUUGGUGCUCAGAUUUGAAGCCCCAGACUCCAGAAACAGAUGGGACAGUCCUCUCUUCACUAUACUGAAAGAUGACACCCUGCCAUAUGAAGCCAUUUCUGAUGCACUUUUCAAAAGGAAAGCACCCCCUCCUAACCAGUCCACUCAGAGUGUAAGGGACAUGUUUUACAAUCAAACAGUACUCAGUGGACACAGAAUAUGCUGUGUCAUGCUUUCAGAUAAUAAUGGUGAUGCUCUUCAUUCUGCAGCAACCGUUGUCUUCCACUAACUUUUUGUAUGAGCUGGACAAGAUCACACAAGAAGUGUUAAUGGUAUGUCUGCAUAUUAUUCAAGGAUUUUUUUCAAUCAAUUCUGUUUUUACUUAUGUCACUUUAAUUAUUAUAACAAGAUAAUGUCAUAGUUAAUAGUGCCUGCAUUUUUCCCCCCAAGUAUUAUCAUUCUUCAAUGCGCAGAAAGUGAAAACAAUUUUUUAUAACCUUUGUAGCACUCUUGCAGUUGAAUUAGUGCUGAAUUCACGUUGUUUUAGGAUCUGUCAGAUAACCUUUGCUGGUUAUAAAAAAGAUUUCUGUACAAAGCGUUCCUUUUGUCCUGUAUGACGUGGAUACCCCAUGAGUGGCAGGUCAAAGGGCAGAUUGUAGCUUGUUGAUCAACAGCUGCUAAGUACAGUCAUUACAUUGUCAAAUAAUUACAGUGAGGGAGCUUAAGUGUUGUGGACACAUCUUUCUACCAGUAUUACAUGGACAGUAUGUAAGACAACUCUCGGAGGUGGAUAGGAUCUGUCAUUUUGACCCUGUUGUUAUCGUCACAAGUGUGUCCUUCUUCAGUACACUGUUGACAGGUGUCAUUAUCACCUGGUUCUGUACCCUGUUUUGUUAAUACUAUUGCCUUCAUACUUGUUUAUCCACUUCUUUAUUCUUUUUCGUCAUCGCUUUGGUCUCCUAAUUGAUUUAAGUCAACGAGAAUCAAUCUUCUCUUUUCUUUGUAAUUCUUCAAAUGGUUCUCCUCCAGUGAUUUGAAGUAGUACAUUCUGUUUCACGAUAAAUAACUUAAACUGAUCAACAAACUUUCUUUCUCCCAGUUGUAAGUGCAGGUCCAUCAGCAACAUUUCUAAUUAUAUGUUGACAAGUUUUUUAUUUUUUUUUUUAUAUUUUUCAGGUUAUAUUUAACGCACAGAAGACAAGUGUUCCAGGGGAUCUUCUAACAGUUCCAGGAGCCACAGAAAAAAUAUCCUUUUUAACAUGUUUACAUUUCCACAUACUCAUUUUUAAUGAAAGGUGUUUUCUUGAGGGAAGUCAGUAGUGUUAGAAGCAAUUUUCCUCAAAGUGAAUGUCCAACUGAGACUUUUUAUUUGUGCUGCUGUAUUUCAGUCAGUCUCCUAAGAUAGUAAUCUUUCCUCCCUCCCUCCUGGAGUACCGUAUAAAACAAAGUGUUUGCAGGGUGAGGCAGAUGAAAGCACAUUCAUCAGAGAGGUUAAACGAAAGGCAAAGCAACCUUUUCCUGGAAAGGUCUUCGCUGUAACAAUAUUCUGUUAGACACGUGCGGAAGAACCAAAUGAGCAGAUAUCUAUAAGCAGCUCUGUGGCCUUAGAUCUCUUCAGAAGCAAAUGCUUUGAUAUGUGCUCUUUUGAACACCGGUCAGUCUUCAGUGACACAGGCAGGAUUGGACUUUGUUGGUUAUCGCUUUUUUCUUCUGUGUAAACUUUGAAUCAAAGUUUUUUUUCUAUUAUUAGAGGACACAUUGCACACAGAACAACCUGUACUUGACUGACCUUAACUCAGUGUUGAACAUCGAGCUCACCAGAAGCAUCAACAUGGCAGAGCUGAGGAAGUUGCGGCGCCAGUUCAUUAGCUACACCAAGAUGCACCCGACAGAGAACACGGGACAGAUUUCCAACAUGUUCGUGCAGUAUUUAAACAAGAGUCUUCGUUGAACUUUUAAAGCACUGUUUUACUUUGUAUUUUAUUUUCGGUGACAAAUAAACGUUUUCAAUAAUU